AUGACUUCCAACCUAGUCUACGGCCGGCAGCUUACAGAAGCCCAUUUUGAGACCUAUCAGCGCAGGCAAAGCUUCCGGCUUCUUAGUGAAGAGUGGCACUUCUUGCUUGGUUUCCCCUCUGCCCCUGGCUUCUCAAGGGCAACUAUCCCCUCGGGCUCAAAGAGAGGCCUAGCUGCCGUUGACCUUGAGCAUUUCCAGGAGCUUCAAGUAGCCCGCUGGAAGCAGCUACGCAAGGUUAACCUUGACCUUGAGCUGCAGAGGCUGCUCGGCUCUAACGCCACCUUCCGGCAAGGCCAGAAGCCGAUUCUAGAGGCCAUCAUGACUGAAGAGCGUGAAUUCCUAGGCCUAGUUUACACCAAGGCCAAAGAUGCCACUAUCUUCCGGGCUCCCACAACCCGGCCUAAUAUCAGCUACAGGGUAGUUGAUUUCCCUCUGCUUCCCAAAGAGGGCUAUCUGCAGUCUGCUGAGAAUGCCCUGAGGCAGCUGCUUGAUAGCAAGCUUACCCUAUACCCUCGCCAGCCAAAGCUAUAG